AUGAAAAAGUUCUUUAAAAAAGCUGAGAGAGAAACCAGAAGAAUUGAUCAUCAGGUAAAAAAUUUGUUGCAUAUUGCAAAUCACCCAGAAAAUAUUAGUAAAUUGCAAAAAAAGCUUGAUGAUACCACGAAAAAAAUUGAAGACUUAGAUAAUCAAAAACAAAGGUGAAGGUAUGGCGAAUCAAAAUAUGAGCAUGAUCCAGAAUUAUUAGAGCUUGAAAAUAAAGUAAAGUCAUUAAGCUAUAGAGAAUUAAUUGAGUUGAACGACAAGAUUGAGAAUUCUAAAGAUCCCUUGAACAAUGGUGGCAUAUCUCGCCCAAAUGAAAAAAGUGAAAUAGUUAGUAAAGAGAUGAAAUUUAGAGAGGAUAGGAUAAUUGACAAUAUAGAAAUUCCAAAAAUGAUCGAAAAUUAUAAGACAGAUUUACAAUACUAUAAGAACAUUGAAAGCGAAUGUUUAAGCUUAUUAGAGCAAGAGAAUGGAAUUUCUAAAGUUAGAAUGCUAAAAGAAGCACAUAAAAAAGAUAAACUCGCUUCAAAAAUUAUUAACGAUAUACUUCAGGAAGAAGAAAAGCGCUUUUCAAAGCAAAUGGAUGAGCUUCGAGCAUCGAGGAUUAGAAAUAAGCUGUUUUUAAAAGAUGAUGAUGAACUGCGUUUUUAUGGGAGUAAAAAAUGUAAUGAUAAGCUGAUAAGCAGAUUAGUUAGAGAAGAACAGCAACUUAGAAGCGAAGAAAAAAAAAUCGAUUUACAGAUGAAUCAAAAAAUAAUAGAAAUAAUAGACUCUUACUUUGAAAAGGUGGCAAAUAGCCAGCUGAAAAAUUAG